AUGGCUAUCGGAAACGGCAUCACCGUCCGCAUCAAGGGCGCAGAUGGCCGCGAAAUCGACGAACUUAAGCCAAACGAAAAAGAGCCGCGCUCUUUCCGUUACAGAACCAUCAGUGCGACACCAGGCACUAAAUUCGAGGUAAGCGUGACCGUAGAGAAGCGGUUCGACUGGAAAGAUGCGGAUUGCAUCUUUGUUGCAAUUGCGUACGACGAUGGCGCGGAGGAGCACCUGGGCGAGGUGGACUACACCAUGGUUUGGGCUAUCAGCUCCAAGAAAGACUUUCUAGGGGAGCACUUAUUCACGGCGUAUUUCAUGACGGCUGCGGCUACUGGUGCCACGAGGAACGUCAAGCAGGACAAGUACCGCCACCGAUCUAAAGACGAUUUGGUUUCUCACCGUGCCUGCAUUUCGGUCUACGUCCACCGUGGCCACCUCUCCCCGAAUCCGAAGAAGCGACGCCUCGCAGACCCUUUGUCUAGCUUUCUCCAGAGCAAUCUCAAGGACAUUGACAAAAUCAAGGAUUCCAAGCUCAAGAUUAAUUUCGAGAGCUUUCAGCCACUUGAUCGAAAGGACGGUAAUGUCUGCGAAUUCCAUUUUCGCAACAUCAAUCCUGCCGAGUUUGUCAACCUCAUGACACCCGCGCCAUCCCACCCCAAGACCAAAAACGCUGGCUCCGCCACGCCUAGGACCAACAGGAGUGAUACACUGGAUGCUGCAGCUGCGAGGAGAUCGCAAGGCCUGCGUGGUAUCCCGCAGAGAGACUACUCUCUGCCGAACAUGUGGCAAAAGCAGGGAUACCCGUGGGAUGAGCAUGAGCACGAGAGUACACAAGUGACCGGAGCCGACCGCCCAGCCCGGCAGCGUUACAAGAGGCCUACGGUCGUUAGCGUCAGCGACGAGGAUGACGACGACGACGACGACGACGAGAUUGUGGUCCAGAAUCCACGCCGUGCAACCAAGUCAAAGCCUCCUCCGCAAGAGGAAGCACCAGUCAACACGGUCGAGGAGCAACAUUCGGUUCCAGCCCCGGCGUCUCGCUCCGACAGUGGUACUGUUACGGGAGACACAGAUGCACCGGCGAAGGAGACCAAGUCAAGUGCCAAAUCGAAGCAGAAGAGGGAGCUGGAGCUGGAUUUGGAGGAGGUCGAGUUGGAUAAGAAGGCUAUUCAGAUCAAGAGGCGACUGAUGAACCUUGACGAUUGA